AGGGACCGCAAAGUCCUCGGCGACUACAGCGGGGCGCUCAGCUACGGCUCCACCGCCAAGUACCUGAACAUCACCGCCCUGGUGCUAAACAUCCUCCUCGUCAUCCUCAUCAUCGUCCUGAUCGCUACCGGCACCAUCGCCCUGAUGAACGUCUUCCACCAUGAGCCAGAAUACAACUCCUUCGGCCCCACUUAG